UGGAGUAAGCAGUCAAGAGAGACUUGGACUAGAGUUAGCCACACGGUCCCCCACGCGAAGGACACGAGAGCUGUGCACUGCCAAACCCCUUUCCUCGCGCGUCCUCCUCCUCUUCUCCCACUCUUCUGCAUCCGUCAGGGAGAACUGACAGCGAGAUGGAAACGACCACCGUCACCACCACGCAGACUGCUUUCAGCUUCGGACGCGCCACCAUCAGCCUGCACGCGCCGGCCCAGGACUGCGCGGUGCCCCCCGCGCACCCCAACGGCGGCGGCGCCGCCUCCGCCUUCCAGAGCAAGACCAAGGUGCUGAAGAGACAGCGCUCCAGCUCGCCGGAGCUCCUACGCUGCAAGCGGCGUCUGAGCUUCAACGGGCUGGGUUACUCCAUCCCGCAGCAGCAGCCGGUGGCCGUGGCCAGGAGGAACGAGCGAGAGAGGAACCGGGUCAAGCAGGUCAACAUGGGCUUCCAGACGCUGCGCCAGCACGUGCCGAACGGCGCCGCCAACAAGAAAAUGAGCAAAGUGGAGACCCUGAGGUCUGCGGUGGAGUACAUCAGGGCUUUACAACAACUUCUUGACGAGCACGACGCGGUGUCGGCCGCUUUUCAGUGCGGUCUGCCGUCUCCGACUCUCUCCAACAGCUACUCCGCCGACCCGGAGUCACCUCACUCCACCUACUCGUCAGAUGAAGGCGGCUAUGAGCCUCUGAGCUCCGAGGAGCAGGAGCUGCUGGACUUCACGACCUGGUUUGACAGGUACUGAGGCUGUCAGCAUCCAGCCCACACAGCAGCGCCUGUGCGUAAAAGCGACUCUCGUCCCUGAGAAAUGCUGACAAAGACUUGAUAAAGGCGUCAGAUCAGUCUUGCCCUCCGUGGUUGGAAGUGAUUUGUUGCCUCCCUCCCUCACGCGGGCUGCUUCUGCAGGAGCAAAGCAAUAGAGAGAGAGAGAGAGAGAGAGAGAGAGAGAGAGAGAGAGAGAGAGAAAGAGAGAGAGAGAAGGGGACGUCUCAUUUCGUCGCAUCGAAGUCCUCAGAAGUAGGAGGGUGUUGGACUCUGACACGUUGAAGCGUGGAAGUAACGAACUGUUUAUGUUGUGUUUGAAUAAGUGCAAUUAAUAGGUGACACACCGGUGCUGCAGCUCCACCGGAUCCGUUUGAUGGUGAGAGUCCCAUCAGACCACCAGGACUGCCCUCCUCAGCUGUCAUGGGAGACACAACAGAGAUGAUGCGUCAACAGACUUUUUUUUGUGCGUGAUGUACAUUUCUUCAUAACAAAACUGUAUCAUAAAAGGGACUGUUUUAACACGAAGACAUAUUUUUGUACACCGAGUCAAACAAAUGUUGUUGAACAACGUCCACUGCCAUGUCCGUGACAGUGUUUUGAUAACUGUCAGCCAGGCAGUGACUUGACUUUUUCUGAGUUGUAUGACUGAACAGCAAUAUCGAGGCUACCUGUGACAGAUUGUAGUUUUUUAAUAGGUGGUAAGGAGACAUUUAAUAUUUUAUGCACUUGUUCUCAACUUCCCGUAGCCUAAAAUGUACAUAUUUGAUUUUAACAGAUAUAUUUUGUGUAAAACGAGUUUUAUAAAUAAAGA